UCUGAUAUGGAGGUGUUGCUGUGCCUUCUUAUUCAGGGAGGUGAUAUUGAGGGAGCAGGUGAGGUUAUCCGUGAUGUGAACUCACAGAACUUGGUUCACUUGACUCUCCCUACAGAGGAGCCAUGUAUACACAGAGGGGGAUGGUUUAUCUUCACUUUCCCAAAGUUCAGAAGCAUUUCCUUGGUCUUGUCCACAUUCAGACUGGGGUUGUUGUUCUCACACCGGUCCACCACCCUCUCCACGUCCUCUCUGUACUCCAACUGAUCAUCGUUGUUGCUGAGGCCACAACAACUGUUGUGUCGUCUGCAAACUGUAUGACAGGGUUUGAGCUGAAUCUCGUGACACAGUUGUGUGUCAGCAGCGGGCUGAGCAUACAGACCUGGGGAGCGCCAGUGCUCAGUGUAACGGGACUGGAGACUUUACUGUCCACACAGACUGACCUUUCCAUUCAGAGUCCAUUGAUCCAGUUACAGAGGGAGGUGCUGACACUCAGAGAGGGCAGUUUCUGAGGUAUGAUGGUGUUAAAUGCCAAACUGGUGUAUAAAUGUGAGACUCCAUUUUCCAGGUGGGACAGGACAGAGUGGAUGGCAGAGGCUAAUGCAUCAUCAUUGGAUCAAUUCAAUCCAAACCAAAAAGUGAACCAGAAGGAGCCCAAGAUAAGUGAGAAAGAGGCUUUAAUGUGCCCCAUGACCAGCUGGUCAAAGCAUUUCAUAAUGUCUGGUGUUAAUGCCACCAGACAAUUGUCAUUUAAUUAUGUUACUGUCACCUUCUUUGUCCUGGAAUGACAGUUGCCGGCUUGGAAACUGAGGGGACAAUGGACUGCCCCAGAGAGGUCUUGAAUACAUCCAUCAGCACCUCAGUUAGCUGGGAUGCACUGUCAUUCACAACCCGACCUGGUAUAUUAUCAGCUUUGUGUGGGUUAACACUGGCCAGUGUCUUCCUCACCUCAGCUUCAGCCAGAUGGAGGGUCUGAUCCCCUGGGUGCCUCUCUCACCAGCACUUUGUUCUGUGCAUCAAACACGCCGUAAACUCUCCUGCACACAAUUGACAAACUCUAUCCCAUCUAGUCUGUUCAGAGUAUUUGAAUCCCAGGUCAAUAUGUGGAAAGUUAAAAAUCACCUAUUAUCACAACCUUAUGUUUCUUGAAACUGUCUGUGUUCUCUACAGAUUUACCCCUCUGACUAUUCGGUGGUUUGUAAUAUGAUCCUAUUAAUGUCGUCACCCAUUUCUUGUCCCGUAAUCCUACCCAUAUAGCUUCAGUACUCGAGCUGUCCAGCCUGUCCUGUUGGAACACUGCCGUGACUAGUAAUGUCACCACUCCCCCUUUAAUCCCCCUGUCUGUUGUGUCUAAACCAAUGGAUCCCCACAAUAUUGAGCAGCCAGUCCUGCCCCUCCUGUAACCAAAUCUCACUAAUGCUACAGUGUCAUAAUUCCACGUGCUGAUCCAUGCCCUGAGCUCAUCUGCCUCUCCUAUAAUACAUUGUAUUGAAAUAUACACAACCAAGAACAUUAGUCACACCGUGCCUAACCUUUUGUUUCCUCACAUUUAAACAGAGAGAGGAGGCUAAAAAUUCUAUAUCUGAAUGCACGAAGUGUCAGAAAUAAGGCAGAUGAGCUUGAAGCCCAGGUGCGAGUGGGUAACUAUGAUGCUGUUGGGAUAACGGAGAUGUGGCUGCAGGGAGAUCAGACCUGGGAAAUGAAUGUACAAGGGUAUACAUGCUAUCGUAGGGACAGAAAUGUGGGCAGAGGGGGUGGAGUGGCCCUGUUGGUGAGGAACGAGGUUCAGUCCUUUGCAAGGGGGGACAUAGGAUCAGGAGAAGUAGAGUCUGUGUGGAUAGAACUGAGGAACAGUAAGGGCAAAAAGACCCUAAUGGGUGUUGUCUACAGGCCACCAAACAGUAGCAUGGAUAUUAGAUACAAGUCGCAGUAGUAAUGGGGAAUUUCAACAUGCAGGUGAACUGGGAGAAUCAGGUUGGUGCUGGACCCCAGGAUAGGGAGUUUGUAGAGUGCCUAAGGGAUACAUUCUUGGAACAGCUUGUACGAGAGCCAACCAGGGACAAGGCUGUUCUGGAUUUAGUGUUGUGUAAUGAACAGGAUUUGAUAAGCGAUAAGUGACCAUAAUAUGAUAAGUUUUUUAUUUGCAAUUUGAGAAGGAUAAGGGCAGAUCGGAGGUCUCAGUGUUGCAGUUGAACAAAGGAGACUAUGGAGCCAUGAGGGAGGAGCUGGCCAAAGUUGACGGAUAUCCGAGCAGAAAAGACGGUGGGAAAGCAAUGGCAGGUAUUCUUGGGAAUAAUGCAUAAGGUGCAAAAUCAGUUCAUCCCCUGGAGGAGGAAGGAUCCAAAGGAGGGAAAGGGGCCACAGUGGUUGGCAAAGGUCAGAGAUUGCAUAGCAUUUAAAAAAAAAGGAAGUAUGACAGAGCUAAGGUGGGUGGGAGGACAGAUGAUUGGGAAAUUUUUAAGGAACAAUAGAACUUAACUAAAAAAGCAAUACGGGGAGAAAAAAUGAGGUACGAACGCAAGCUAGCCAGGAAUAUAAAGGAGGAUAGCAAAAGCUUUUUUAGGUAUGUGAAGAGAAAGAAGAUAGUUAAGAACAAUGUUGGGCCCUUGAAGAAUGAAUUGGGUGAAAUUGUUAUAGGAAACAGAGAAAUGGCAGAAGAAUUUAACAAGUACUUUAGAUCUGUCUUCACUAGGGAAGGCACAAGCAAUCUUCCAGAUGUAUGGAUGGGCCAAGGACAUAGGGUAACAGAGGAAAUGAAACAGAUUGAUAUUGGGAAGGAAACGGUGAUGAGUAGACUGAUGGGACUGAAGGCUGACAAAUCCCCAGGUCCAGAUGGUCUGCAUCCUAGGGUACUAAAGGAGGUGGCCCUGGAAAUUGCGGAUGCAUUGGUAAUCAUUUUUCAAUGUUCCUUAGAUUCAGGAUCAGUUCCUGAGAAUUGGAGAAUGGCUAAUGUUAUCCCACUUUUUAUGAAAGGAGGGAGGGAGAAAACAGAGAACUAUCAUCCUGUCAGCCUAACAUCAGUAGUGGGGAAGAUGCUAGAGUCGAUUAUUAAAGAUGAAAUAGUGGCAUAUCCAGAUAGCAGUGAUAGGAUUGGGCCGAGCCAGCAUGGAUUUACCAAGGGCAAGUCAUGCUUGUAGUUUUUUGAGGUUGCAACCAGGAAGUUAGACAAGGGAGAUCCAGUGGAUGUAGAGGAUUUUCAGAAGGCUUUUGAUAAGGUCCCACAUAAGAGAUUCGUGGGUAAAAUCAAAGCUCAGGGCAUCGGGGGGAAGACAUUGACAUGGAUAGAAAACUGGUUGGCAGAUAGAAAGCAAAGGGUAGCGGUGAAUGGGUGUUUCUCGGAAUGGCAGGUGGUGACCAGUGGGGAGCCACAGGGACCACAGCUGUUUAUGAUUUACAUCAACGAUUUAGAUGAAGGCAUUGAGAAUAACAUCAGCAAGUUUGCUGAUGAUACUAAGCUGGGUGGCAGUGUGACGUGAUGAGGAUGUUAGGAGAAUUCAGGGUGACUUGGAUAGGCUGGGUGAGUGGGCAGAUACUUGGCAGAUGACGUUUAAUGUGAAUAAGUGUGAGGUUAUCCACUUUGGGAGUAAGAACAGGAAGGCAGAUUAUUAUCUGAAAGGUGUAGAGUUAGGUAAGGGAGAAAUACAAAGAGAUCUAGGAGUCCUUGUUCAUCAGUCACUGAAGGUGAAUGAGCAAGUGCAGCAGGCAGUGAAGAAGGCUAAUGGAAUGUUGGCCUUUAUUUCAAAGGGGAUUGAAUACAAGAGCAAGGAAAUCCUUUUGCAUUUGUACAGGGCCCUGGUGAGACCACACCUGGAAUAUUGUGUACAGUUUUGGUCUCCAGGGUUAAGGAAGGACAUCCUGGCUGUAGAGGAAGUGCUGCGUAGAUUCACAAGGUUAAUUCCUGGGACGUCCGGACUGUCGUACGCAGAGAGGUUAGAGAGACUGGGCUUGUACACGCUGGAAUUAAGGAGAUUGAGAGGGGAUCUGAUUGCAACAUAUAAGAUUAUUAAGGGAUUGGACAAGAUAGAGGCAGGAAAUAUGUUCCAGAUGCUGGGAGAGCCCAGUACCAGAGGGCAUGGUUUGAGAAUAAGGGGCAGAUCAUUUCGGACAGAGUUAAGGAAAAACCUCUUCUCCCAGAGAGUUGUGGGGGUCUGGAAUGCACUGCCUCGGAAGGCAGUGGAGGCCAAUUCUCUGGAUGCUUUCAAGAUCUUGAAGUAAAGGAGCCAUUAGGAGGUAGUGACCAUAAUAUGAUGUUUUUUUCUGCAAUUUGAGAAGGAUAAGGGCAGAUCGGAGGAGUCAGUGUUGCAGUUGAACAAAGGAGACUAUGGAGCCAUAAGGGAGGAGCUGGCCAAAGUUAACUGGAUGAAUAUCCUAGCAGAAAAUACUGUGGAAAAGCAAUGGCAGGUAUUCUUGGGAAUAAUGCACAAGGUGCAAAAUCAGUUCAUCCCCUGGAGGAGGAAGAAUUCAAAGGAGGGAAAGGGGCCACAGUGGUUGACAAAGGAAGUCAGAGAUUGCAUAGCAUUGAAAAAAAAGGAAGUAUGACAGAGCUAAGGUGGGUGGGAGGACAGAUGAUUGGGAAAUUUUUAAGGAACUACAGAACUUAAUUAAGAAAGCAAUAUGGGGAGAAAAAAUGAGGUACGAACGCAAGCUAUCCAGGAAUAUAAAGGAGGAUAGCAAAAGCUUUUUUAGGUAUGUGAAGAGAAAGAAGAUAGUUAAGAACAAUGUUGGGCCCUUGAAGAAUGAAUUGGGUGAAAUUGUUAUAGGAAACAGAGAAAUGGCAGAAGAAUUUAAUAAGUACUUUAGGUGUGUCUUCACUAGGGAAGACACAAGCAAUCUUCCAGAUGUAUGGAUGGACCAAAGACAUAGGGUAACAGAGGAAGUGAAACAGAUUGACAUUAGGAAGGAAACGGUGAUGAGUAGACUGAAGGGACUGAAGGCUGACAAAUCCCCAGGUCCAGAUGGUCUGCAUCCUAGGGUACUAAAGGAGGUGGCCCUGGAAAUUGCGGAUGCAUUGGUAAUCAUUUUCCAAUGUUCCUUAGAUUCAGGAUCAGUUCCUGAGGAUUGGAGAAUGGCUAAUGUUAUCCCACUUUUUAAGAGAGGAGGGAGGGAGAAAACAGAGAACUAUCACCCUGUCAGCCUAACAUCCAUAGUGGGGAAGAUGCUAGAGUCCAUUAUUAAGGAUGAAAUAGUGGCAUAAUCUAGAUAGCAGUGAUAGGAUUGGGCCAAGCCAGCAUGGAUUUACGAAGGACAAAUCAUGCUAGACUAAUCUAUUGGAGUUUUUCGAGGAUUUAACCAGGAAGUUAGACAAGGGAGAUCCAGUGGAUGUAGUGUACCUCGAUUUUCAGAAGGCUUUUGAUAAGGUCCCACAUAGGAGAUUCGUGGGUAAAAUCAAAGCUCAGGGCAUCGGGGGGAAGACAUUGACAUGGAUAGAAAACUGGUUGGCAGAUAGAAAGCAAAGGGUAGCGGUGAAUGGGUGUUUCUCGGAAUGGCAGGUGGUGACUAGUGGGGUGCCACAGGGUUCGGUAUUGGGACCACAGCUGUUUACAAUUUACAUCAACGAUUUAGAUGAAGGCAUUGAGAAUAACAUCAGCAAAUUUGCUGAUGAUACUAAGCUGGGUGGCAGUGUGACAUGUGAUGAGGAUGUUAGGAGAAUUCAGGGUGACUUGGAUAGGCUGGGUGAGUGGGCAGAUACUUGGCAGAUGACGUUUAAUGUGAAUAAGUGUGAGGUUAUCCACUUUGGGAGUAAGAACAGGAAGGCAGAUUAUUAUCUGAAUGGUGUAGAGUUAGGUAAGGGAGAAAUACAAAGAGAUCUAGGAGUCCUUGUUCAUCAGUCACGGAAGGUGAAUGAGCAAGUGCAGCAGGCAGUGAAGAAGGCUAAUGGAAUGUUGGCCUUUAUUACAAAAGGAAUUGAGUACAAGAGCAAGGAUAUCCUUUUGCAUUUGUACAGGGCCCUGGUGAGACCACACCUGGAGUAUUGUGUACAGUUUUGGUCUCCAGUGUUAAGGAAGGACAUCCUGGCUGUAGAGGAAGUGCAGCAUAGAUUCACGAGGUUAGUUCCUGGAAUGUCCGGACUGUCGUACGCAAAGAGGUUAGAGAGACUGGGCUUGUACACGCUGGAAUUAAAGAGAUUGAGAGGGGAUCUGAUUGCAAUGUAUAAGAUUAUUAAGGGAUUGGACAAGAUAGAGGCAGGAAAUAUGUUCCGGAUGCUGGGAGAGUCCAGUACCAGAGGGCAUGGUUUGAGAAUAAGGGGUAGGUCAUUUAGGACAGAGUUAAGGAAAAACUUCUUCUCCCAGAGAGUUGUGGGGGUCUGGAAUGCACUGCCUCGGAAGGUAGUGGAGGCCAAUUCUCUGGAUGCUUUCAAGAUGGAGCUCGAUAGGUAUCUUAUGGACAGGAGAAUCAAGGGAUAUGGAGGCAAGGCAGGAACCGGGUAUUGAUAGUAGAUGAUCAGCUAUGAUCUCAAAAUGGCGGUGCAGGAUCGAAGGGCUGAAUGGUCUACUUCUGCACCUAUUGUCUCACAUCUACAGAAGUUUAUCAAAAAUUUAAGUGACAUCCCGAAUCUUCGCAAACUUCCAAGACAGUGGAAGUUUUGCCUUGCUUUCUCCAUAAUGAAAAUUAUGUGCUUUUACUAUUAAGUUAGUUCAGUUAAAUUAUUAUCAAGUUAUUUGACGAUACUGUCAAAUGAGGUGCUUGAGGAUACAAGAAAUGCAAGAAAAUACAAACCAGAGAAAUCAAGAGAGCUAAAAGAGGACAUGAUGUUGCUCUGUCAGACAAGGUAAAAGCGAAUGCCAAUGGCUUCUACAGAUAUAGUAAUAGCAAAAGGAUAGCAAGGGACAAAAUAGGUCUUCUUGAAGAUCACUGUGGUGAUCACUGUGGCCAGACACAGGCUCUAUAGAACUGAGGCAAAAGAGUAGAGAGGUCAUGGACCAUAUCCAGAUUACAAACAUCCUUGCCCGAGGGUGAGAUGUCAGAGGACUGGAAGUUUGCUCAUGUUGUUCUGUUUGUUCAAGAAAGGCUCUAAGAAUGAGCCAGGAAAUUACAGGCUGGUGAGCCUGACAUCAGCAGUGGGUGAAUUAUUCAAAGGUUUUGCAAAGGACCGGAUACAUAAGUAUUUGGAUAAAGACGACUGAUGAGAGAUAGCCAUCAAGGCUUUGUGCAUGGCAGGUCAUGUCCAGAAUUACGGUUUUUGAGUUGAUAUCAGGAGGUCGAAGGUGGUGGUUGUUGUUUACACAUAGUCUUUAGGCCAAUUCCCACAUGGCCAGAAGGUUAAUUUGCUUGGGAUUCAGGAUGAAGUAGUCCAUUGGAUUCAAUAUUUGCUCAGUUCAUUGUGAGAAUAGUAGAAGCUGGUUGUCUCUCUAGCAAGAGGCCUGUGACUCGUGGUGUUCACAAGGAUCAGUGCUGGGCCUGUUGCUUGUCAUCUAUAGCAACGAUCUGCAUGCCAAGUGGUAAACUGGAUCAGCAACGAAGCUGCUGACUUCAAGAUUGUGGGUGUAAUGGACAGUGAGAAAGGCUAUCAAUGCUUGCAGUGGGAUCCGGGUCACCUGAGAAAAGGGGCUGAAAUAAGGAAGAUAGAAUUUAUUGCAGGUGGGGGUGAGAUGUUGAAUUUGGGAUAAGACUCACAUAGUCAAUGUUAGGGCUGUGAGGUGUACGGUAGAACCACGGGACCUGGAAAUACAGAUCCACAUUUUGAAUCUGAUUUCAAAGUAAUGUGUGCAGUUCUGGUCACCUACUGAUAGAAAAGAUAUCAAUAAACUUGAAAGAAUGAAGAGAAAAUUUACGAGGAUGUUGCCGGGACUUGAGGACCUGAGUUACAGGGACACUUUGAAUCCUUUAGGAAUUUAUUCAUUGGUGUCUUUAGUGGGAAUGAUGAAAUAUUUAAGAAGAAUCUGAGGGGGAUCUUCACUCUGAGGGUGGUGUGAGUGGAAUGAACUGCCAACGGAAGUGGUAGAUGCAAAUUCAGUUGCAACAUUUAGGAAAAGUUUGGAUCGGUGGAUGAGAUGAGAGAGGUCUGGAGGAUAUGGUCUGGGUGCAGGGAGAUGGAAACGAGGCAGAGGAGCAGGCUGGCAUGGACUAGAUGGGCCGAAUUUCCUGUUUCUAUGUAGUGCUCCAUGACUCAAUGAACAACACCCCCCAUACAAUAAAUGUCAAUGUGCCAUUGGCCCUCCUAACUACUGCUGCCCCUUUCUGCAGUCAGAGAUAGCAACACCCGACGGUGGACCAGUGUGACUGCACACUUGCAUCUGUGUGUAUAAACAUCUUUGUGUCUUUCAUAAAAUUCUCUCUAAAUUCCUUCUCCAUUACAGACCCUGUACAUGGUCCAAUCCCCGUUAUUGACCCAUUACCAACCUGACCGUGGGUUUAUCCUGUGUCCACUCCCCAUCUAAUGCCUGCUGUCCAUUACAGAUGAUCUACACCUUCCACUCCACAAUACUGACCCAUUAUAAACCUGGCGACAGUAAUCCUGUGACUAUUUCCUCUCCAGCACCUGUGUCCAUUCCUGUCCCUCUGCUCAAUACUGACCCAUCACUGUGGUUGUUAGAGGAGGCUCACUGACUGGGAACAAUAGGCUCUUCAUUGCAGAGGCUCAGGAUAGAUGUUGUUUGUUUGCUUUGCAUACUUUUUCAAAACAUGCAUCAACUGUUACACCGCACAGUUCUGGUUUUAUUGCUUCGAGAAGCCAGUGUGGAAAGUAGUCGUUGACCUGUUGCUGUGUCUGACACCACUCACAGCAGAGAGUGAGGAGAUCGUAGGUGGUCCCAUCUCCCUCCAGUUCACCCAGCAACACCUCAUCGGGAGUCACACAAUGUCUCCAGCUGAACUGAGGGUUGUGCUGCUGAUCCUGGGUUUUCUGGUCACAGACUCUGCACUCGGUGAUCCGUGUGUAACCCACACCAUCCUGGAUCAGCCCUGGAGGAGCACAGAUUGUUCCAACACUGAGUGUACCGGUGGAAAUCUUGAAGUGGGAUGGUACAGAUUUAACAGUCCUGGAGGAUGGAAGAUUCCCGAGACGGUCGUUCCACUGUAUCGCUGCUCAGGGGAGCUACCAGGCUGGUUACACGGUUCCCACCCCAACGUGGGAGAGGGGGAGGUGACCAGGACCAUCUGCUUCACUGCAAAAAAAAACAUCUGUUACUGGAAACGGCAGAUCAGGGUGAAAAACUGCUCCGGUUACUUUGUAUAUCGACUGAAGCCGACCUGGAAUACUGCUGUGUACUGUACAGACAGCAGAAUCAAAAGUCUGAAAGCAGAUACCACCAGGCUCAAGGACGGCUUCUACCCCCACUGUCAUCAGACUCUUGAACAGACAUCUUGUACGAUAAGAGGAUCUGUCCUGGGACCAGUAUUCACAGACUCUGGACUCGGUGAUCCGUGUGUAACCCACACUGUCCUGGAUCAGCCCUGGAGGAGCACGGAUUGUUCCAACACUGAGUGUACCGGUGGACAAUGGAUGGAUGAUGGAAAUCUUGAACUGGGAUGGUACAGAUUUAACAGUUCCGGAGGAUGGAAGAUUCCCGAGACGAUCGUUCAACUGUAUCGCUGCUCAGGGGAGCUACCAGGCUGGUUACACGGUUCCCACCCCAACGUGGGAGAGGGGGAGGUGACCAGGACCGCCUGCUUCACUGCGAAAAAAAACAUCUGUUACUGGAAACGGCAGAUCAGGGUGAAAAACUGCUCCGGUUACUUUGUGUAUCGACUGAAGCCGACCUGGAAUACUGCUGUGUACUGUACAGAACCACAGUCGGACACAACUCGGGAACCCCAGGGAUUGGUGACCGGAGAGCCUGGUCCAGGGUUGACCACCAGCCCAGCAGGGUCUGUGAGCUCAGGUACAGAUUCCCAGUCAGACACAACUUGGGAAGCCCAGGAAACAACGACAGGAGAGCGUGGUCUGGGUUUGACCAGCAGCCCAGCAGGGUCUCUGAGCUCAGACCUGGAGACUUCAACACUGGAUCAGUCUACAGGAUUGUCUACUGGAGAACACACCCAGGAACUGUCCUCUGUCCCAGCGGGAGACACAUCCUCAGAUUCCCUGUUGGUCACAACUUGGGAACCCCAGGAAGCAACAACAGGAGAGCCUGGUCCAGAUCUGAAGGUUUCCACAGUGGAUCAGCCCGAAGGCUCGUCUACAGGACAACCCACCCCAUCACCAUCCUCUGUCUCAGUGGGAGAGAGAUCCUCAGAUUCCCAGUCGGACACAACUCAGGAACCCCAGGGGUCUGCGACUGGAGGACCUGGUCCGGGUUUGUCCACCACCCCAGCAGGGUCUGCAAGCUCAGAUCCUGGGACAUCCACAGGGAAACAGUUUUCCAAGAAAAUGUCUUCUGUCCCAGGAGGAGGGAUAACUUCAGAUCCUGGGACUUCCACAGGGAAACAGUCUGAAGGAUCAUCCACUGGAGAUUUUUCCCAGGAAACAUCUUCUAUCCCAGCUGGAGGGGCAACGUCAGGUCCUAGAACUUCCACAGGGAAACAGUCUGAAAGGUCAUCCACUGGAGAUUUUUCCCAGGAAACUUCUUCAGUCCCAGCUCGAGAUACAGCCUCAGAUCCGUUGAAUUCCAAAGGGACCAGCCAGAAGCCGUCCUCUGGCCCAGAGAAAGAGACGUGCUCAGACCUGGAGGCUUCCACAAUGGAUGAGCCCACAGUAUCAUCUACAGGACAACCCACCCCAUCACCAUCCUCUGUCUCAGCAGGAGAGAUGUCCUCAGAUUCCCAGUUGGACACAACUCGUGAAACAAAGGGAUCAGUGAUUGGAAAACCUGGUCCGGGUUUGAUCACCACCCCAACACGGUCUGCAAGCUCAUGUACGGAUACCCAGUUGGACACAACUCGUGAACCCCAACGAACAGCGACUGCAGAACCUGGGCUGGGUUUGACCACCACCACAGCUGGGUCUGUGAGCUCUGUUACAGAUUCCCAAUCAGACACAACUCAGGAGCCACAUGGAUCAGCGUUGGGUGAUUUUGAUCAGAGCUUAACCGACACCCCAACAGGCUCUGUGAUCUCAGUUACAGAUUCCCAGUCAGAAACAACUUGGAAAACCCAAGGCUCAGUGACAGGAGAACCUGAUCCAGGUUUGACCACCAUCCCAGCUGGGUCUGCGAGCUCAGAUGCAGAUUCCCAGUCGGACACAACUCAUAAAAUCCAAAUUACAGCUACUGGAGAACCUGGUCCGAGUUCCACUACCACACCAGCAGGGUAUGCAAGCUCAGGUGCAGAUCCCCAGUCAGACACAACUCAGGAAGCUGAGGUAUCAGCGAUGGGAGAACAUGAUCCAGGAAUGACCACCACUCUAGUACGGUCUAUGGGCUCAGGUACAGAUUCCCAGUUGGAGUCAACUCAAGAAGCACUUGGAUCAGCGAUGGGUGAUUUUGCUCAGAGCUUAACCAGCACCUCAGCAGAAACCCUGAGCUCAGGUACAGAUACCCAGUCAGACGCAACUCAGGAGACCCAGGGAUCAGCGAAUGGAGAACCUGGUCCGGGUUUGGCCAUCACUCCAGAAGGAUCUGCAAACUCAGUCACAGACUCUGCAAUCAGUGAUCCAUGUGUAACCCACACCGUCCUGGAUCAGCCCUGGAGGAGCAUGAAAUGUUCCAACACUGAGUGUACCGAUGGACAACAGACGGGUGAAGGAAAUCUUGAUUUGGGAUGGUACAGAUUUAACAGUUCCGGAGGAUGGAAAAUUCCUGAGACGGUCGUUCCACAGUAUCGCUGCUCCGGGAAGUACCCAGGCUGGUUAAACGGAUCCCAUCCCAAUGUUGGAGAGGGGGAGGUGACCAGGACUGUCUGCUUCACCUGGGAUACAUUCACCUGUUACGGGAGCCAAGAGAUCAGAGUGAAGAACUGCUCCGGUUACUUUGUAUAUUGGCUGGGACCCACACCCUGGAGUGAUGCUGUGUACUGCACAGAUCCCCAGUCAGAUACAACUCGGGAAUGUCAGGCAUCAAAAACUGGAGAACCUAGUCCAGAUUUAUCCUCCACUCCAGCAGAGUCUUCAAGCUCAGAAUCUGAUCUCCAUUCAGACACAACUUGGGAACCCCCGGCAUCAACAACCAAAGAACCUAAUCCAGAUUUAUCCUUCACUCCAGGGUCUUCAAGCUCAGAAGCAGAUCCCCAGUCAGACACAACUCAGGAACCCCAGGGAUCAGCUACUGGAGCCCCUGUUUCAGGUUUGACCAUCACCCCAGCUGGAUCUGUGAACUCAGACCUGGAGGCUUCCACAAUGGAUCAGCCCGAUGGAUCGUCUACAGGACAACCCACCUCAUCACCGUCCUCUGUUUCAGCGGGAGAGAGAUCCUCAGAUCCCCACUGGGACACAACUGAGGAACCCCAGGGAACAGCGAAUGGAGAACCUGGUCUGGGUUUGACCACCACCCCGGAACGAUCUACAAGCUCAGACCAGGAGACUUCUAUAGGGGAACAGCCCAAAGGAUCAACUACUGAAGGGCAUAUGCAGAAACCGUCCUCUGCCCCAAUGGAUACCUCAGGAGAAGAGGACGGGUGGAUUGACGUGCAGGUGACAGCGAGGGGAGACAUGAGUGAGGAAGAAGUGCGGGAAGCCAUUCGAAACAAGCUCCGGGAGAUGUUCGAUGAUCCGGAUCCUCAGAUCGAGCUUGUGCAGUGCACGUCGGAGCCUCCAGAGGAGUGAGGGAGUGAUCCGUCAACGAGUGAAGGAGUCUGCAGUUCCAUCUCCCUGACUCUUUACAUCCUCUCCCUUACUCCAGCCUGCCUUUCGACAAGUAUAAGGCUCACAGAGCGUUAAUCCUAAGAGAGCCUGAGAUGUUGCUACACUCUGCUGAUUCCCCAUUGUGCUGCAGCCUGCGAGCUUUCAGUUGCUCACAUUGUGAAGUACGAUCCCAUUGAGUAGUGACGCCAGAAGCCCAGAACUGAGAGUGAGCACACAGACCCAGCCUGUUCCAGGUGGAGCAGAUCCUCCGAAUGAUGAGAUCAAUCACAGAACAUCCCGGGUACGGUCCCCGUAAACACCGACAGCCCUCACUACAGGACCAGGUCGGUGUGAGACGUCACACACCUUCCACAGUGUACGGUCCGUAAACACCGACACCCCUCACGACAGAACUGGGUCAGUGUGAGACGUCACACACCUUCCACAGGGUACGGUCUGUAAAUACCAACACCCCUCACUACAGGACCGGGUCGGUGUGAGACGUCACACACCUUCCACAGUGUACGGACCGUAAACACCGACACCCCUCACUACAGGACCGGGUUGGUGUGAGACGUCACACACCUUCCACAGUGUCCGGUCCGUAAACACCGACACCCCUCACUACAGGACCGGGUCGGUGUGAGACGUCACACACCUUCCAGAGUGUCCGGUCCGUAAACACCGACACCCCUCA